CCCUUCGUCCGGGCCAUGAGAGGCAUCGGCAGCAGCAGCUCUGCUCCCCCAGCCCCGUGCUCCGCCACCUCGACUGUCCCCCACUCAUCUCCCUGCAAGUGAAGACCAUGAGAGAGGAUCCUUGCUGAGUGAAGGCAUUGUUGCAUCCGAGAUGGAGCCCAGCGCCUGCAUGAUGCUUCCACUGGUGUCCUGCAUCCACUCAUUGCAGCUAUGGCAUUUCCUGCUUCUGCUCUCGGCCUUCCCUCUUCCUGCUGUUUGGUCUCUUCGUUCUCGGGGCCCCAUGGCCGCUCGGCCACUCUGCGCCCGUCGAAGUCCCUCCGCCCCUCGGCCCAUUUGCAUCUGGGACAGGAUUUCACUGCCAGAGAGGGAUCUGCGCUUCAUCCUACCGCGUCAGCGGUCCCUGCCUUCACGGGGGGCAGACCUGCGGCAUGUUGUACGGCUGAGACGCCAGGCUGCAGGGGCCCGGCCUGCCACCCCGUCCGGUUUUGAGGAUGGCAUGCCCUCCUCCCAGUACCCCUGGGCCAUCGUGUGGGGCCCCACAGUGUCGGACGAGGAUGGAGGGGACGCCAACUCGGCCAACCCGGGCUUUCCUCCACUGGGCUACACCUUUGUUUCACCACAUGGGAUGGCAACGGCUCAGCCCAACUCCCAUUCUCUCCUGCACAAUGCAGGGCUCAACCUGCGUGAGACCCCGGCCACGCUGCGGCCCUUCUUGUUUGGGCCCCGGGGAGAAGGUGUGGACCCCCAGCUCUAUGUCACUAUCACCAUCUCCAUCAUCAUUGUCCUGGUUGCCACUGGCAUCAUAUUCAAGUUCUGCUGGGACCGUAACCAGAAGCGCCGGCGUCACUCCGGGCAGCAGAGCGGGGGCAGGCAGCAGGAGAGCCAGCAGCCCCUCACGGACCUGUCCCCCACCACCGUCAGCAUUUUGGGGCCCUACGGCGACUCGCUGGCCCCCACACCAGAGGCAGAGGAAUGCAGGCAGGGCCAGGAGGGCAUGGAGAAACUGGGGGGCCACGGGAAGAGCACUGCCUUCCAGCUCAAUCGAAUCCCACUGGUGAACCUGUGACGCACAAGGGAGAAGCAGAGCUGGCUCCCCCCACCCUCCUGUCACAGCUGGGGAGCACAUACUUCUGUCGCCUCUGCUACCCCAGGAAAAAAACAAUCUCCUUGUGCCAUAGCCCACCACCACCAUCACUAACUAACCAAACCAGGAUGUACCUGGGCAAUGGACAAGCUGGGCCUCAUUAGCCACCUGCUGGAGGAAGGCUGGGGACCACCCCCCACCCCAUGCAGGACAGGAAGAUGAGAGAGUGGGAUGGUGGGAGGGGAGACAGCUGUUGGUGUUGUGAAAGCUUAACCUCCCCUGUCCCUCUCCUAGCACACAUGCACACACACACUUUGAUCUCUGUGACUCUCCCACCAGUGCAUGCCUGAUGUUGGGGGCAGGGGAGGUGGAAAGGUGUACCCCUGUCCCCAUGGGCCCAAACCCCUCUGUGUGUCCCUUUCCAUGUCGUGUGCUUUGAAGUGAACAUCUGGAGUUCAGUGGCUGCAGAAUUCCCUGCUGGGGCUUAGUUUCUCCUGAGCAGGGAUCCAGGUGAUGGCAGGUUCUUCUGUUCCCAAGGCCUUGACCUUCUGGAGGGUCCCAAGAGUGGGUGAAUAUGGGGAAGAAGAGGCUCACACAGCACCUGACUCUCCUCAUCAACCCACUUCCUUGCAGGAAACAUGCCCGCCACCUUUAAUAGUCACAUCUUUCUGUUUUCUUUCUGUCUAACACUCCUCUGUUUUCUCUCCUCAGUCUGUAUCUCUCCUCAAUCUGUAUCUUCCUUCAUCCCUGCCAUUUUUUGUUUCUUUUUUUCCCCCCAAUUUCCUCCCCCCCUUCUCUUGCCAGUUAAGCUUGGAAAAAAAGUUCCUUUCACUUUCCAAAUUUUUUGAUCUCUUGGAAGCCUCCUAGCUGUCCCCCUCAGGCCCCUCAGUCUCCUUCGGCAAGUUUUUAUCUCUACUCUAUGAUGAUGUUUUUCAGAAAACCUGAGAUGAAGCCCAUCAUAUUAUUUAGCAAGCAUCCUGUAUGCUGGAUUACUGCCAAAGCAGCUAAAGUAUGACACGCAGACGUAGCUGGGUAUUAGGAGCUUGGGUUUUGCUAGGUUCGGGUAGGGAAGUGCUUUGAAAUGCUCAUGUAACAGGCAACAAGCAGCAGAGAUGACUGCACUUCAGGUGACAAAGAGCAAUUUGGCAAUGACAUCUGGGAACAUUUGGAGGGUUGCCAUGUACUGCUGGUAGGUCACUGCUGGAACACUCAUACCUGCCUUGUGGCUGGAGACCUACUAGCUAAAAUUCACCAAGGGCUUGAAAGAGAGGAUAUCCUUACUUUAACCAGACAUGGAGGGGCAACCUUCCUGAGCACGCUGCCCUAGCUGACUGAGCAGCAGGAGCAAUGGCACAGGUAUGGGUGCAAACCAAUUGUUUGAGCAUAUAUUCAGGGGCUGUGGCAGUCUGGAGGCUAGAUAGCCACAUCAUCAGUGCUGUUGUUACCUGUGUGAGCUUGAUCAGUGUAUCUCAACCUCUUCCUAGAUGUGUACCCAUGGACAUCACUCUGAGGGGGUGGGAAAUGGCAAAUUUCAGCUUAAUGCCAAUAGUUGCCCUUCCUUGGCUUUUGUGGACACCUUCACACUAGUUCACAGAUGCCAGGUUGACAGCCACUGAGCUGAAAUGAUGCAGACUUCAGUCGGGUUGUCCCCACACUGCACUCACACCUUCAGUUGCUGGGCUGAUGAGUUCAGAGACAGGAAACUCACCUGGAGUUUGAAGGACCUGAUGCCCCAUGCAAGGGCUAUGACACAAAGUUAUCCAUCAUCUCAGAGAAAAGGAAAUGGCCCUUUCAUUCUUUACUUAUGCAGUAGAAGCAUAUUCUUUAUAGAGCAAAGCACAGGGAGUUGCAUGAGAGGUCUAGUUCUGCCCAUUUACCCAGGUGAUCUCAGAUCCCAUCUGACUCACCGUGAAGGACAUUUAAAUGAGAGUGUAAAUUACAAUAAGCUUCACAGAAAACAGGAGAGAUUUGGAGAAAAUGACAGGUCAAAUAAAAUUACAGGCUUAUUAGAAUCACAGAAUGUCAGAAAGAUGUAGGUGGAAAAGGACUCUGGAGGUCUCUAGCCUAAGCACCAUUUGAGUUCCCGCUUACAGCAGGGGAUAUUAUUGCUUUAGGAUAGGCUGAUCUACUCCUGAGCUUUUUCCUUAUUUUGGCUCCACUCGAGGCUCUGGGUGGACAUUCAAGCUGGGGAUGGACAGAUGUUCCACAAACACUGGGGCAGACAGCUGUUUCUGCCCACUGCCCUGCUAUCACUGCCCCCUUCGGCUGAAGGCACAUUGGGGGCUGUCCCCCCUCAUGCUAGCACAACCAGAGCUGGAAAAGGACAUCUGCACACAGCCUGCAAAAGGCUGCAUAGCUUAUCGCUGGCAGCUUACAAUGUAAAGCCUUGAACUGGUUUAAGUUAAAUUUUCCAGACCAGAUUAAUUAGAUUGUUCUUUGAUCAGUAUCAUUCGUUGAAACAAGGCCAGAGUUUAGACUCCAGCACCUUCAAGGGCUAUCCUUGGACUUUCCCUCUCCACCUUUUCACAUGCUGCAUGGAGAGAACGUUUAUAAGAAAGUGAUAAGGCAUCGUAGGAGGCACAGUGAGAACAUUUCCAACACUUAUUGCAGGGAAGCCCUGAGCUCUGGAGGCCAGGCUUUUGUAAACUCUGCAAAGAAACCAGAUUUUGGUGUUUUGUUUUCUUUUAGUGUGUCUCUCUUUCAAUUAGAAGCAUCUCCAGAAAGUGAAACCCUUCAGGGAUGCUGUGGUAAAGGGGAAGCUGGGAAAUGCAGUAGAGAAAGCUCCUACAGUGACAGCAGCUUGGAUAUGAUGAACGUCUUUUCCAAGCCAAAUUUGUCUAGCCAAAUAUAUUUCUAUGACAGUCCUUCACUAUCUCAUGUGAAAUAGGUUAGAUGUGGGAACCAAGUUCAGUGUCCUGCCCAAACUUUCAUUGCUGCAAUUUUCCAGCUGCAACAAAACAUUCAAAACAUGCCUGGACAUACAAGCUUCUUCCAGUCAAUAAAUAAUCUCACUGGA